CGACCACUUCUCUCAACUCUAGAUCUCACUGCUGCAUCGUGGCCCUAGCGCCGCCGCUCGCUCGCCCUCAUUGGGGCCCCAAUCCCCUAGGCCUCCACUUCUCCGAUUGGGGCGAUUUCAUGGCAAGCGGGCAUAGAUCCGACGGCCGCUCUGUCCUCUGCGCCUCCACUACCGCUCUCCUUGUUAGGCGCCGACGGCUAGGAGGAGGAGGAAGGGUCGGCCGGGCCACCGCUGGUGGCCAUGGCAUCCCAGUGUGCCCCGCCCUUGCCUCCUCGGCCACGCGCCACCGCGCCGUUCCUCCUCGGCCACGCACCGCCGCACGCCCGUCCUCCUCGGUGCGCCGCCCUCACCCCCUCGGUGCUCGCCGCCACGCGCCCGUGCUUCCUCGCCUCCACGCGCGUCCUGCUGAGACCACAGAGCGAAGAAGCCCCAGCCUCCUGUAGCUGGUCUCCCUCUGACCCUCUCCUCUGCGCUUCCCCUGCGUCGGCCCUGCUCGUAGCUUGGAGGCGGCGACAUUCUCCGGCAAUGGGGUGCAAGGCGUGCGACAAGCCCAAGCCCAACUACCGCAAGGGCCUGUGGUCGCUGGAGGAGGACCAGAAGCUCCGCGACUACAUUCUCCUCCACGGCCACGGCUGCUGGAGCGCGCUCCCCAUGAAAGCCGGUACCAAUGUCAAGAUAGCUGCCAUUCCUUCAAGCGUCGUGGUUCUGACUUCAGAGACCUUUGACUCAAUUGUCCUUGAUGAGUUUUAUGCCCCAUGGUGUGGUCACUGCAAGCAUCUUGCUCCGAUUUAUGAGAAGCUGGCUUCAGUUUUCAAGCAGGACGACAGUGUUGUGAUUGCCAAUCUUGAUGCUGACAAGCACACUGACUUGGCUAAAAAACUCACAAUCAACUUGAGCUACCUUGGGUUGAGUAUGACAGUUUUCCAAAGAAUUGGUGUCAGUCAUCAAUUGUCUCUUGUGCUGAUUUCUGGCGAGAAGUUCAACAAUGUCCAUGGGGAAGUCGUCUAUCACAUUUUGUUUCUCGUGCACCUUCUGCUUUCCUUUCUUAUUCUUUGGUAUAUUCUUCUUGUGGAGGCCAGACACAUUCUGGAUCUUUUGUUUACCAAGAGAAACCUGUGGUAACGAGAUGAGGGUACAAUAUUUGUAUACAAGCAGACUAAAUUCAGUACGGAUUUCCUAUUGCUUGCACCAUUGUGUGUGUGUAUAUAUAUAUAGUUUAUAAAGAAGUAAAUGUCAUUUGGGAUUCGCUAAUUUGCUCAUGACAUCCCAAACUAGUCACACACAAAUAACUAGUUCAGUUGGCAUGCGUGCAAACUUGUGAACUCAAAUGUCAUAAAAAGUGUCAAAAAAUCCUAGUGGUGUACACAACGGAAAGCAUGGAUGGUAUGGGAGCAAAGUGGCAUAGACACAAAUGCAUUAACAUUAAAGGGAUUAAAAAUCCUAUGCUGGACAAAGGUCCCCAAUUCAAGUCAGCAAAAGUAGGUAAAACACGUAAAUGAAUGUAAUAAUCUAAUUAUAAAUUUUCAGUAGAAUUCUUUAUGUUUAAUCAUACCUUUGCCAAAUAUCUUUGUACAGAGACUUCAGGUUCCUUUUGAGGCAAAUCAUCUGACCUGAGCAUAUCUCUCUUUAUAUUACUGUUCUCAAUGUUCUCAUCAUGGACAACGGAAGUGGACAGUACCUUUCUCUUUAGCAAAAUCGUUGAUUUUUCAUUUGAGAAGAACCUCUGUUUCAAGUUUCUAGAUUCAUUUUCACACAAGCCAUCCAUCUUCUGCAUAUUUUGCUCCAGUUUGUCAUUCUGUGCAUUUCCAUUCCCAUGCUUGGCACUGGUAGUAGAUGGUACAUCUGCCUGGCCCACAUCCCCAACUGAGGGUAGAAAAUCAUGAUGCAUAUCAUUAGAAGCAACUAUAUCUGGGUAAGACCUUGAAAUAGAAGAGGAAUCAAGAUUCUUGUGUUCUGAGUCUUUUUUCUUUGUUCUAACUUCCUUAUUAGUGCUUUUCAGCCAGUUCAUUAGAGAGGAUCCAUCUUCUAACUUGUCUACUCCUGUGUAUUUUGCCUUGUUCUUGACAGCUCUUGACUGGAUUUUGUCCACUUGCUGAUUAGUAGUGUCAUUACCUUUUCCAACCUCAAGGUGCAUUUUUCUUUUACCACCCUCACAGAGAUCAACACUGUUAGUAUGGUCCACUUGAACGGCAUCUCCAGAAACCCCUACCUGUUCAGAACCUAUGAGUUCUGAUAACAGCCUUGUCUUUUUUGGCUUUCUCUGACAAAAUUUGAGAUCUGAAAUACCAGGCAGUUUAGUAGAUUUAUUCCUUUUCCUCUUACCAUCAGAUUCAACAUUUCUUUUUGACGAUGCUCGGCGUGGACCCAUGUUGCAGACUUGUUUGCUUUUGUGCCCAGAUACUGGUUUACAUACAUUAGGCUCAUUGAGGUCAUCAUUAGCUAUGUUAUUCUCAUCUUCAUUUGGCGCCACACAAGGUUUUAGACUGUGUGGAUUCUGUGUGCCAUUUUCUUCAACAUCAUCAGGUAGAUCGCUGACAUUCUUCGAGACAGCAUUCAAGAUAUUUGCUGACAAAUCAAUACUAUUGGGAGAGGCCUGUAAAACUGAGAAAAUAUUGUCAUAUUAGCUUGUUGUAUACAACAAAAAGUAAUAAUUAAGAAUUCAACAUGCUCAGCCAUACCUUCUAUAGAUGGAACCCUCGUAUCAACGAGUGCCUCUGGAACAUUUUCUUCAGCUACUGGAACAUUCAUCGCAGUAAUUGCUUUGUUGCCAGGAGAACUGCAUUUUGAAUUGCAUUCUUGGGCAGUCUUUGAAAGGGUCAAUCGAUCAUUCCCUUGAGAUGAUUGAUGUGUGCAAGAAAACAGUCUUCUGGAAUCAACACUAUUAGGCAAAAUCCAAACAAUUGAAAUAGAGCAGCCAUCAUUCAUUCCAUUCUGCUGCAUAGAAACAUUUUCCGAUGUUGGCCUAUGGCCUGAAACUUCCACACUAUCAAGACAUCUUGAGCAAUCCCAUCGAUGAUACUUCGACACCAAAACUGGGGACGAAUCAUGGUGCUCAUCAUAUUGUGGCUGGUUAUGGAAAAUAUGAGAGCAAAGUUUUGGAUCCUUCUUCUGAAGCAUAGCAACAUAACCCCUGACAAAACUAUCAACCGUCAAUAAGACUUAAGAUAUAUGCAUAGACGAAUCAUCAAAUGUUUGCUCUAGAAAAAAGAAAGAAUCAAUAUCCAAAAGCAUCUUUAAUAAUAUACCUAUGACAAUUUAUAAUAACUAUGUUUGUCCUUUCUUCCAUGUUCACAGCAUCUUUAAUAAUAAUAUACCUCUGCAGAUAUGGUGUUUCUAGUUUCCCUACAUUGAAGUUCUUCCCUAAGGGAAACAAAGCCGGUGAAGAUUAUGAUGGUGGCCGGGACUUGGAUGACUUUGUCAAGUUCAUUAAUGAGAAGUGUGGCACCAGCCGGGAUCCAAAGGGCCACCUGACUUCAGAGGCUAGGCUUGUGCCAAGCUUGAAUCCUCUUGUGAAGGAGUUUCUCAAUGCUGUUGAUGACAAGCGGAAGGAAGUCCUCUCUAAAAUAGAAGAGGAUGUUGCUAAGCUCAGCGGUUCUGCAGCCAAGCAUGGAAAUAUAUAUGUGACAGCUGCAAAGAAGAUCAUGGACAAGGGCUCUGACUACACUAAGAAGGAGACUGAGAGGCUUCACCGCAUGCUGGAGAAGAUUCCAAGUUCACACAGCAGGAGUUGCUAGCUUGCAAGCCGAUUCUUACUCCAAAAUGGGUAGGCUUACGGGUUGUGAAGAUUAUGAUGCUACUGGUAACGCCUAAUCUUUAUGGCAAUUUGGUGGCUAACACGGCUGCAGGUAUUGUUGGAGGGACGGGCAUCAUGCCUAGAGACUUUGUGGCAUAUGGAACUUCUUGGAGCUUUUUGCUAUGGUCUUCAUCAAGUUUUAUACCAAUGACUUAUCUCCCGCUACCCCGACCCGCUCAUCAAGGCCAUCGACACCAUCAAGAUCGAUCUGGAGACCAACAAGAUCAUGGACUUCAUCAAGUUUGACGUCGGCAACGUGGUCAUGGUGACUGGCGGGAGGAACACCGGGCGUGUAGGAGUCAUCAAGAACAGGGAGAAGCACAAGGGCAUCUUUGAGACCAUCCACAUGCUGCUUGGAGCUUUUUGCUAUGUCUAGUUUUCUCCUAUUUGUUGUACAGGAAAACAUAGAAUAGAAUUCAAAUUUGGUGGUCGCAAAAGUGUGGAGACUUUAAUUCAUAUAAAGUUAGGCUUAACAUUAGUGCAAACAGUUGUAUUUUAGUUUAGAUUUAGAGUACACUUAUGUAU